AUGCUCGCCCAAGCGGUGGCCGACUCCAACCAUCCUCAAGCUAUGCUCGUCCAAGCGGUGGCCGACUCCAACCAUCCUCAGGCUAUGCUCGCCCAAGCGGUGGCCGACCCCAACCAUCCUCAGGCUAUGCUCGCCCAAGCGAUGGCCGACCCCAACCAUCCUCAGGCUAUGCUCGCCCAAGCGGUGGCCGACCCCAACCAUCCUCAGGCUAUGCUCGCCCAAGCGGUGGCCGACUCCAACCAUCCUCAGGCUAUGCUCGCCCAAGCGGUGGCCGACCCCAACCAUCCUCAAGCUAUGCUCGCCCAAGCGGUGGCUGACCCCCAACCAUCCUCAGGCUAUGCUCGCCCAAGCGGUGGCCGACCCCAACCAUCCUCAGGCUAUGCUCGCCCAAGCGGUGGCCGACCCCAACCAUCCUCAGGCUAUGCUCGCCCAAGCGGUGGCCGACCCCAACCAUCCUCAGGCUAUGCUCGCCCAAGCGAUGGCCGACCCCAACCAUCCUCAGGCUAUGCUCGCCCAAGCGGUGGCCGACCCCAACCAUCCUCAGGCUAUGCUCGCCCAAGCGGUGGCCGACCCCAACCAUCCUCAGGCUAUGCUCGCCCAAGCGAUGGCCGACCCCAACCAUCCUCAGGCUAUGCUCGCCCAAGCGGUGGCCGACCCCAACCAUCCUCAGGCUAUGCUCGCCCAAGCGGUGGCCGACCCCAACCAUCCUCAGGCUAUGCUCGCCCAAGCGGUGGCCGACCCCAACCGCCACAUCAUCAACAUAAAGAUUCUGGGUAUUAA